UAGUUCAAAGGCUAAUCCAUUAUUCCUCUCAUUAUUUCUUCUUCUUGUUUUAAAAAGUCAUGGACAAAACUAGCAAAAGAAGAGUCUUGUUUAUUUUCUGGUUCAUAACAAUCUCCAUUCUAAUCACUCUAACGAAAGGAGAAAGUCUAGAUUUUGUUCAUAAACAGGAAGAUAUCAAACAAUCUUUCACAAAGAUACUACGAAGCACAAUUUCUUUGCUGAAGACUUUUCAUCAGAAUACAUGGGAGAAAAUCAAAACUCUCAUGCAAGAAAUUCAGUUUCAAUACUUCCCACCAAACUUAGACUUUAAAGGUGUAAAUGAAGCAAAUGCAAGGGGUGGUGCUGGAGGCAAGAUGACGAAAGCAGUAGGGAGGAGUUUUGGCACAAGCAAAGAGACAGUUGAGGAGACUGCUAAAUCGGCUGCUGAAGUUGUGGAUAAAACAAUGGUCAAGACAGCCAAGAAAGUAAAAGAAAGUGUCUCUGAUGAAGAAUCUGCUGCAGAGCUUUGAUUGAUUUUGCUUUUGGGAUUGUAAAGGAUAGGCAGUGGUUUGUCUGUGCCUGCCAUAGUCUCUGUAGAGUUUUCUCAAACUGUCAUCACUUUUUG